AUGUUUCUACUGCCCCUAUCCCUCGUUCUGUCGAUACUUUUAGUAGUCAUACUUACGGGAUUAAGAGAUAGUUAUAAUAAUCGAUACAAGCCUCAUGGGUUCGACCCCUCUGCGAAAUAUUCAAACGGUACCCAUGAAUUCUAUCCAAUAACCCUCGUACUCUCUCUUGAUGGGUUUCACCCAUCGUUAAUAUCUAAGGAGGCGACGCCCUUUUUACACGAACUGUAUACUCUACAACAGCCAAACACCUCAGUGGCGCCCUUUAUAGUACCAAGUUUCCCCUCACAGACCUUCCCCAAUCAUUGGUCAAUAGUCACAGGCAAAUAUCCAAGCGAAAACGGUAUUGUCGCCAAUUGGUUUUGGGACCAUUCGUUGGAGAAACAGUUUGGUCCCGGAAAUAUCGAUCCAGAACUAUGGGAAACGGCUUCUGAACCCAUUUGGUCUACGUUGGAAAAUGCCUUCUUUGCGGACACCUUCAAGAGUGCCGCCCACAUGUGGCCCGGAUGCGAGGUGCAGGGACGCACCCCGCAUUUUUUUACCGCAUUCAACGACUCCGAGACUCUCGAGGAAAAAUCGGAGUCCAUUUUUCGAAACUACGUCGACGGCAAGCGUGAUGCAAGCGAAAGACCACAAUUAAUACUUGCGUAUGCACCUCAACCGGAUGCAUAUGGACAUGAAUACGGGUAUCCAGCACCACAUACACCUUCUUUCCGCGAGUUGCUAAACAAAAUUGAUUCCUACGUGUCACGUGUCUUUGCGGCGCUCGACCAACGCCAUAUGCGCCAUUUUACAAACGUUGUAAUACUCUCCGAUCACGGUAUGGCAACCGUUCCGUCACAUAAUGUGCUGCUGGAGAAGGAGAUCCUUCCAGACGACCUACGGACACAGCAUGUUUCACAUUCCUACUUGGAAGGUCCCGCCCUAGCUAUAUAUACCCCAAACGCAAGUCACGUGGAACGGCAAUUGAUAAAAAGGCUCGAGAGAUUAAAAAUCGGUAAAAACUUUCAUGUGACGAGAAACCUCCAACAGGAAUUCGGCUAUAAACUUUCCGGAGAGAGAACUGCUGACAUCUGGGUUCUGCCUGACGUCCAUUAUGCUGUAGCUCACCAGAGACGACUAUUGGGAACACAUGGCUACAACAAUAGCUCACCAGAGAUGCGUGCGCUUUUUAUCGCGAACGGCCCCGCGUUUACCGAGGGGUAUGUUGAGCCAUUUGAAAACGUCGCAAUACACGGAUUAUUACUCGAACUCGCUGGUUGGAAAUCCGAGCCGCAUGUAGGCCGUCCUAGUCAUAAAAUCGCUACCGCCGACACUAAACCUCAAGGUCUGCUUGUACCGCUACGCUCACCACCACAGGACGAUCUCGCUUUGUUAAGCCGCAUAUUCGGCAAUGGGUCUUCUUACAACGCCGUAUUCCAUAACGAGACAACCAAGCUAGACGCGGUCGUACCCGAAAAACAACAACAAGAUUUUUCUAGCUUACUGGGAGAAAUUGUCGGUGAGCUACAAGCGGAGCUAGCCGAAUGGGGAAGUAACGAUAAGUAG